AUGGACCCCGGAGAGGAGGCGCUCACUAGCACAGACGAUGUUGACAAGUUGAAGAGUUAUUUAGUGUCGAUACAGGGGAAGAUCACAGACUUGGAGAAGUCUAAGACUUUGAAGAGGAAGGUUUCUCGACACAAUUCUUCCAUUUUGUUGUCGGCCCAGCUCACUAAGGAUACAGUGGAACAGAAGAAUCAGGAGAUAGAUGAUCUUACUGAGAUGAUGAUGAGGUGUCUGGAGAAUGCAGAUGUGGAGGAUUUUAUAGGUAAACUACUUCUUUUUCCUCCCCCCUCCCCCUUUUUUUUCAAAGCCCCUGGUGUGAAAAGAGUUCCAGAGAUGUCGGUUAACUGUAGUGGAAGCGGACAGAUACAGUUUAUGAGGUACACAGAUGUUAAGGACAUGGAUUCGAACACGAAUACUAAGAACAGUAGUGAUUUCUACUUCAGUCUGGUUAAGAUAUUGGAUGAGGACAACAAGAUCCUCCACGAAAUUAACGAAACUCAGAAAGAGUUAUGGAAUACACAAGAUCUUAAUUUAACUCUAGUGGAGGAACUGAAAGAUCCAAUUGAUUUAUCUCUCCCUACCAACAAAAGUGUCACUGUUACAAUCAGUGUCUAUGAUUAUGAUGGUGAAUAUGACGAUGACGAUUUCACAAGGAAUAUGACGGACAUGGUUCCAUUUUCCAGCAAACAGGUUGGGGAGGAAUGGAGUGAGAUAGUGUUCAGCUCCCCUGAUAAAGGAGCUACCCUCACCCUAAGGUACAGAAUACUUGAGUGUGAUGAGCACUUCACCGGAUACGGCUGUAAUCUCUGUAGUGAAGGAUGGACUGAGGAGAUAUGUGACAGAUGUGAUGCUUACUUCUAUCCAACAAGAAAAUGCACGAAAUUCUGUAAGGCCGAACCUGGUAGAUCCUUCUGUACGUCUGAAGGGGUAAAAAUGUGUCUAGAGAACAGAGGGGGCAAGGAUUGUGAGAGCUGUCUAGAAGGGUGGACGGGGGAAGAAUGUGCUGAUUGUGCUGAUGGUUAUUACCCUCAAGGCAGCUGUAGCACUUACUGCGAAGUGAAAGGUAACUACACAUGUGACCUAAAAGGACAGAAGAUAUGCGCAGAAAGGAAGACAGGAACUAACUGUGACAGAUGUGUGAUUUAUCAUUUCGGCGAGGAAUGUUCCAUGUUCUGUAAGGCCACUGAGUACUACACUUGCUCUGAAGGCGGGAAGAAAAUCUGCUCUGACGAUAAUUCCAGUCCCGAAGAAGAUUGCAUUGCAUUGCCAGUUCCGAAGAAAAAUAAUAUUGUAAUGAUAACAGGCAUCGUAGUCGGAAGUGUACUUGUAGUGUCUUUGUUGGUGAACAUAAUCCUUGUUUAUAGGCUGAAGAAAAAUAAUAACCAGAAGGACCUCAAGAAGGAACAAGACAACACACUGAUCAAUCCUCUUUAUCUUCCAGUUGUGGUAGAUCCAGUAGUGGCAGGUAGAAAAGAAGGGUCCAGUAAUGAUCAAGGAGAAAAGAAAAAUGAAUCUCGGAUCCGUUUCGCCGAAGAUACUGAUGUGCAUGUUCUUGGUUCAUCUUUAGACGGAAACGAUGCCGUCUAUUCCAUUGACGAGAGUGAAGAUGCUGAAGCCUUUUAUUCAACAUUAGACGACGAUGGCGCCAUGUUUAGCGCAGGAAAGAAUAAAGAUGCUGAUGGCGAUGCCACCUAUUCAACAUUGGACGAAAAGGAUGACAUGUUUUGUGUCACAAAGAACAAAGAUACUGAUGCCACUUAUUCAACAUUGUACAGAGAGGAUGACAUGUUUUGUGUCAAAGAUGCUGAUGCCAACUAUUCCACCUUGGAUAAAAAUGACAAGUUCAACUCAAUCCCUUUUACCACAAAAGCUGCUGACACUGGUCCAGCAAGGUACGAUUCCAAUGACUCUGUUAAAGAGGAUUUGGAUGAGCUCUACUCUACUCCACACAAAGAUAUCGGACCAACCCUCUCCAUCCCAGAAAAGAAGAUGACUCCAAAUACUCCUGGUCCUCCUGAGAUACCGAAACUACCGGACUCCCUCACGGAUGAUCAUCUCGCAGAUGACCUAUUGAGUUCAAACGUUGACCCCUUUGCUGACUCAGAGGAAGAUCUGGAUGCUCUCUACUCCAUUCCGUUUAAGAAUGUGCCUGCCCGCUCAAUCUCCGAGAAAAAAGAGGUUCUUAGAUCACUUCCUGAUAAGGAAUUAUCAGAUUACCCAGCAAAUGAGGAUGUGAACGCGAAGCAAGAAGAGGAUGUCGAGGAUGACCCAAGUUCGCUUUACUCGACCAAAGAGUUCUGGAGUACACAAGAUCUUAAUUUAACUCUGGUGGAGGAACUGAAAGAUCCAAUUAAUUUAUCUCUCCCUACCAACAAAAGUGUCACUGUUACAAUCAGUGUCUAUGAUUAUGAUGGUACAUCUAGCUCGGACGAUUUCACAAGGAAUAUGACGGACAUGGUUCCAUUUUCCAGCAAACAGGUUGGGAAGGAAUGGAGUGAGAUAGUGUUCAGCUCCCCUGAUAAAGGAGCUACCCUCACACUUAGGUACAGAAUACUUGAGUGUGAUGAGCACUUCACCGGAUACGGCUGUAAUCUCUGUAGUGAUGGAUGGACUGAAGAACUAUGUGACAGAUGUGAUACUCACUACUAUCCAGCGAGACAAUGCACAACAUUCUGUAAGGCCGAACCUGGUAGAUCCUUCUGUACUUCUGAAGGGGAGAGAAUAUGUGAAGAGAACAGAGGGGGCGAGGAUUGUGAGAGCUGUCUAGAAGGGUGGACGGGGGAAGAAUGUGCUGAUUGUGCUGAUGGUUAUUACCCUCAAGGCAGCUGUAGCACUUACUGACCAGUGAAAGGUAACUACACAUGUGACCUGAAAGGACAGAAGAUAUGCGCAGAAAGGAAGACAGGAACUAACUGUGACAGAUGUGAGAUUCAUUAUUUCGGCGAGGAAUGUUCCACGUUCUGUAAGGCCACUGAGUACUACACUUGCUCUGAUGGCGGGAAGAAAAGCUGCUCAGACGAUAAUGCCAGUCCCGAAGAAGAUUGCAUUGCAUUGCCAGUUCCGAAGAAAAAUAAUAUUGUAAUGAUAACAGGCAUCGUAGUCGGAAGUGUACUUGUAGUGUCUUUGUUGGUGAAGAUAAUCCUUGUUUAUAGGCUGAAGAAAAAUAAUAACCAGAAGGACCCCAAGAAGCAACAAGACAACACACUGAUCAAUCCUCUUUAUCUUCCAGUUGUGGCAGAUCCAGUAGUGGCAGGUAGAAAAGAAGGGCCCAGUAAUGAUCAAGGAGAAAAGAAAAAUGAAUCUCGGAUCCGUUUCGCCGAAGAUACUGAUGUGCACGUCCUUGGUUCAUCUUUAGACGGAAAAGAUGCCGUCUAUUCCAUUGACGAGAGUGAAGAUACUGAUGCCACCUACUCCAACUUGGAUGAAGAAAAUGCCAUGUUUCGUGUUGCAAAGACCAAAGAUGUUGAUGCCACCUACUCCAACUUGGAUGAAGAAAAUGCCAUGUUUCGUGUUGCAAAGACCAAAGAUGUUGAUGCCACCUACUCCAACUUGGAUGAAGAGGAUGCCAUGUUUCGUGUUGCAAAGACUAAAGAUGUUGAUGCCACCUACUACAACUUGGAUGAAGAGGAUGCCAUGUUUCGUGUUGCAAAGACCAAAGAUGUUGAUGCCACCUACUCCAACUUGGAUGAAGAGGAUGCCAUGUUUCUUGCUGCGAAGAACAAAGAUGCUGAUUUGGUUUUUACUUUUCGUUCGAUGUCGUGCGGGACGGAAUCAGAUUCGUCGGAAUGGGAAGACGACCCGGAGUUCAUACACGGACUGUGUGCUAAGUGCAAAGAGAAUAUAAUAGGACAUGAGAACGGGUGCAAGGCUUUGGGAGCGCUCUACCAUGUAAACUGCUUCGUUUGUCAGAAAUGCAGAGACCCGCUAGUAAAGAAGCCGUUCUACCAUACCGACGGACUGACGUAUUGUGAGAAGGAUUAUCUGGACACCCUAGAGAAGUGUGAUGUGUGUGAGGAGCACAUUAAGGAGAGGAUCCUGAGAGCGGUAGACAAACAGUACCACCCUGAAUGUUUUAAGUGUACAGAUUGUACAAACUGUUUGGACGGUGUUCCCUUUACUUUAGACGCUACUAACAACGUUCUAUGUGUGCAGUGUUACAAUAAAAAGUUUGCGUACACGUGUGCUUCGUGCAGUAAACUCAUCGUGUCAGAGGACGGCGCAGAGACCUACCGAAUCAUCGCAAUGGACAAAGAUUUCCACGUUGCCUGCUACAAAUGCGAGGUGUGUGAUUCGAAGUUUACAAACGACGAAGGACAAGGAUGUUAUCCUCACGAGGACCGUCUCUUGUGUCACACUCACUACAAAGAAGCUGUAGCUCAAUAGUUCAACACAGGAAGCAAUUUGUAAAACUCUUUCCUCAAACACAAGGAAAUAUUUUUCUGCGUCGUAUUUAUUUAUUAGGGAAGAGCUGGGUAGUUAAUUGUUGGAUUGUUUUUAUCCCUCUGUGGGUGGGUAGGUAGUUUGGUUAGGUAGAUAAAGAUAUUUGUAAUGAAACAUACCACUUACACAAUGUGAAAUGAUCAUGAUAUCAUCAGUCAUGAAUUUUCUCUUUUAUUUGAACUUCGAUUGAACCUGCAAUUCUGGAGCCCCACUGCAUUUUGUUCCGAUGCCAAUUUUUUUAUUUAGCGUGGAAUAUGUGGCUGGGACCCUAGGAACUGCUACAGGUGAACAAUAUUUCGUUUUAGAAAAUUUAAGUUUAACUUAGCUUUUUGAUAGACGUAAACCUGUGAUAGAUUAUCAAUGGUUGUAAACGUAUGUAUCAUAAGAUUGAAAUACUUACGACGCCAUAUUUUAGAAUUUAAAUAGCAUAGAAUUAUCUACAUAUUAAGAUAUGUAGAAUUUUUGAUAGCUUAAAUUUAAAGUUUUAAACAAUUGUAAAUACACAUUUCUGUUUUUAAAUGAAAGGAUUAUGAUAUUGAUGCAAUCUCACUCUGCAAAACACCACAUGGAUAAAAUGCCUCCAUGCACCUGUGUUAAUUUUGUACAGUACAAUUAACUAUAUAGAGUACGUUUUUUAAAGCCUUCUUUGGAACAGUUUAGAACAUUAUAUUAUACCAGUGAUCGAUAUCAGUUUUCUAUGUUUUCCAUAAAUUUAAAUAUGUAGGCUCGACUUCAAUUAAGUGGAACACUAUAUCAAUUAAAGCUGAAGUUCUCAGUUUUCAUAAAAAA